AUGUCGAUCCUCUCGUACAUCGUCACCGGCGUUACCUCCUACGUCGCUGUGACUGCCUCCCUCUUCUCACUGUCGGUCAAAGUUCCCCGUGCCGGAUUCUUCGCUCGGUGUUUGGCGUCCUACGCUUCUCUGCUGGUCUGCGCUACCUAUGGCGUCGUCGCCUCUAUCGUUCUUCGCCUCGUUGGUUAUGGACGGGUGUCUCAAUGGGCCACCGCACGGAGCUUCAAGUGGGUGAUGUGGUUUACCACCGGCGUGCGGUUUGAUAUCGUCGAGGGUCAGAAAUACUUGUCGACCCGGCCUGCGGUGUUCAUUGGGAACCAUCAGACCGAACUUGAUGUCCUGAUGCUGGGCACCAUCUUCCCUCCAUACUGCAGUGUGACGGCGAAGAAAUCGCUGAAAUACGUCCCCUUCCUUGGCUGGUUUAUGGCGCUGUCGGGAACCGUCUUCAUCGAUCGUGCGAACCGAAAGACGGCUGUGAAGGCCUUUGACGGUGCCGCCAAGGAGAUGCGCACGUACAAACAGAGUGUCUUCAUCUUCCCCGAGGGGACGCGGAGUUACACAACCAAACCGGAGCUGCUGCCCUUCAAGAAAGGCGCCUUCCACUUGGCGAUCCAGGCGGGCGUGCCGAUCGUACCGGUUGUCACGGAGAACUACUCGCAUGUUCUGAAUAUCCGGGACCUUCGAUUCAACUCUGGCACCAUCAAAGUGAAGGUUCUCCCUCCGAUCGAGACGAAGAACCUGACCGCGGCAGACGUUGAUCAGCUGACGCAGAGCACCCAUGAGGCUAUGCUAAAGGUCCUGGCUGAGAUGUCAAACAAGGACGAGCAAGAGGUCGACGGCUCUCUCCGCGGUUCCUCAACGGCUGUCGAGAUCUGA